AUGAUCAGCAGGAUCCUGAAGAGGGUCUGUGGCUUGUACCCACAGUACAUCAGCGUUGAUGUUGAGUAUACCAGGGAAGACGAACCUCCGCAGAGGGCAGCGGUUCUGCAGUUAUGCGUGGAGGAACUUUGUCUGGUAUACCACAUCACCGUGGCAACAAAAUGGCCCAAGAGCCUGCGCCCGUUCCUGAAGGAGGACAGGUUCUACACCUUUGCCGGCUUCAGUAUUGAAGGUGACAAAGAGAUGCUGCGAAGAUCUGGUUUCGAGAUCAACCCCGACAAGUACAUCGACAUCCAGCGCAAAUGGAGAGUUUCGUUCAAGGGAAGAAAGAGGUACCACUCUUUGGCUGAUGUUGCAGGGAGCGUGAUCCGCCCAUUCUACAAACAGAUGAAGGAUAAGAUUGACAGGGUUGAAGACCAUAAACUGUGGGGGAUCAGCCACCUGCCAAAUUACCUCAUCGAGUAUGCAGCGAUAGAUGCGUACGCCACCUACGAGUCGUGGAAGAGAAUUGAAAACAUCAGAGAAGGUCUGGAGAGUGCAAAAGAGGCAGAGAAGAAUUAUGACGAUCCUUACUACGGCUACUAG